AUGGCGAGGCCGAGUCUCUGGCGCUUCGGGGACGCAGCCAACCUGUAUCCCGACCGAAGAAUAACACUCACGCCCAACGAGUGGAUGCGAUGCCUGUUCGUGCGGGAAGACAUGGAGUACGAUUUGCCCGGGGAAGAGCCGGGGGCCUUCAGGGUUUGCGACCGCAAGUCUCAGGCGGAAAUCAAUCGCUUCGCCGGCGACUGGGUUACGCUGCGCCUCUUUUCGUCCAUCAGGGUGCUGGCGGCGCAGCAGGAGUCGACGCUGGGCAAGGCCGGGGGCGACAUUCACGCACUUGCUCAGCAUGAGAACGCGCCGCAGAUCAUCCGCGACGCGCUGAACAUAAUGCAGAUGGCCUCGGCGCGCGUCCUCGGCGCAGACGGACAUCGUCGGCUCUGCCGUCACGAGGGCAACGCCUACACCGCUCUCUUCGGCCCGCCGCUUGGGUUCUGCACGCCGAACCUCGCGGACGGAAAGCAGCCCUGCCUCCUGGUCAUACAGAACCGGAAGUUUCAUCUGGACGGCACGAAGGAUGUCGACGGAAUUUACCCCAGGUGCCGGGAGAUGCUGCUGCGCUUGGCCAAGGAUCCAGUCGGGCAGACCCGCGUGUUCCACCUCAUGAUGCUGCUGUUCUUUCAGCACGUGCUGGGCGUGCGCCCAGAAUGCAUCGAGAGCAGGCGCGGCUCGAAGCGAUCGAAUCCGCGCGAUUGGUGCACCGACGGCGCUGCGGCGUCUGCGUGCGCACCCGGCAUCUUUGGUCCUGUUCUCGCAUUCCGAGAGGAGAUCGAGGCUCAGGGCAGAGAUUCUCUGCAUCCGCGCAUCCUCGUCUGGCUCGUGCUGCUGUCCGUGGCCGAGGUUGUCGUCAUUCUACGUCGGGGCACGGAGGGGAACUUCCAGCGGAAUCUCUACAACUGGAUGAAGGCGACGGUGGCCGCCGCGGAGUCCAUCAGCCAGAGUUCCGUGCGUUCGAUCAAACGACGCUUCGGAGACCUCCAGGCCACGGGCGUUUCACCGCUGGGUUUUAGUGCCACGGGGCAGAGUCUGAGUUGUUAUGAUGGGGAAUCCGAGCUGGGCGAGCUGCAGAAAGUCCCAGAGGAUGACCGCGCGCCUGCGCAGACCAAGGCGCUGAAUGAGUACGACACCCAAAUGUGGUGCCGCCCGUGCCUUCCGUUGCGGCGGCCCGGCGGCGAAUCAGUCUGCGGGAAGCCCAUCUCAGACUUCGCCGUCGGCAAGUGUCCGCUGCACAGGCGCCGGGCCGCCCUCAGAUCGUCCGAGCGCGAGCCUCCCGAAAGCCAGUCUGGACGGAGCGCCACCGCGGUGCCAUCGGCCGAGGCGGUAGCCGCCGGGGAAGCCGGCGCGGGUGAAUGGGAAGCCUCCUUCACCAAGGACGUGAGGUCUUUGGCCACGGAUAUCUUCGUCCACAUCUGCGGCGAUUCGUGCCGCAAGUACUCGGGCCCGAAGAAAGUCCAGCAGAUCUGCCGCCGCGGCUUCUACUACAUAGCGGUGCUGGGCGACUGGGGGCAGCGAAAAGAGGGGAUCGCUUUCCGACGCCGGGGCAAGGCUCUGCGCAACCAGAUCUCCAUCGUCAAAGCCACGAAGCACGGAAUGCAGGGCAGGCUGCUGAUGCUUCAGGAACACCCCUUCGAGGUGCAGACGAACUACGCGGGAGCCGCAUGUAUCCGCUGUAACCUUGACGUCCAGAGGCUACGACGAGUUCUCCCUGAGAGCCUCUGGAAGAGCGAAGAAGAGCCGUGCCCUCACCUGCCGCCGGGCGACAAGGAUACGUUUGGGCACAUGGGAACAUGCGAGUGGGAUGGCGAAGAGUAUGCGUGGAGGACAAGCGUUGGCGACGAUUGCCGCGACGGCGGGCAGUGGGCAGACGGCAACUCGCGCGCGGACUGGCGCCGAGCUUUUCUUCGAGCCUUCGCGCGUCAAGGGGGGGGCGUGUUCUCCUGCGGGCACUUUGGCGGUGAGCAUCACGACGCCCCCGGAUGCCCCGAUGGCCAUGCCUGCGAGUGCCUGCAAUGCGAGUGCACACGGGCGAUAACGGCGGCCUUUGCCGACGCUAUCAACACCGGCUUCUAUGUUAACAGCUACACCGCGAAGCAGUGCCCCACGAUGGACGGGGCCCUCGAGAACCUACGGAAGGGGAUUGAGCGCCUGGGGAAGAAGAGAGAUGAGGAUCAGGAGGAGCUCGAGAAGAAGCGCGCACGGGGCGAGCCGCUGAUCGGCGAGGCGGCAGCCGAGAGAGCGCACCCGGGGGACUCAGAGCAGACCAUGCAGACCAGUGGACAGGAGAUGAUUUUCCCGAUGCUCUACGGGCGCAUGACUUUCGCGAGCCACAGGUGCUGGACUGUGUACGUGAAGAAGGGCAUUCCGAAGUCCAGGACUGAGCGCGAGGUGGAGAGCUUUGAUCAGCUGUGCUUCGUGGAGGGCGCGGCGGAGGAUGGGAACCAGGCGUUCACGUGCUCGUGGCUGGCGCACUCGGAGAAGCAGAGCGUCUGCGCUACCGAAGCAGCGAGGCGUUUCCUGGACCGCAACGAAUACAUGAGUUUGUGGGAGACGCAGGAGAUAGUCGACAAGUUCAAUGACAUGUGGGAAAGUGAUGAGACCAGGAACGGGAAUGUCCCCGCUCCUGCUGCGCCCGCGGACGUCGUGGAUCCUGACGCCGACAAACCUCGUGCCACUGUUCCUCAGCACAGUGCCCUCAUCGCACGAGGAGUUCAGGCUGACCUCGAAGGAUUGGCCAGAGCCCGCGUGGAGAAGCACGAGCGGCCUUACCAGACGGACGCGGGGAUUCACCAGUCCUACAUCCUGGCUGCAACUGGAGGCUCGGGAAGACCUGAGGGCGAGCCAGAUGACGACGGCCCUCAGGCACCUCCGGAGGCCGUCGGAACUGAGGUCCGCCCACCAUUGCGGUGCUUUUUCGACGAAGAGGAGAUGCAGAGGAUCCUCGACUUCGAACAUAGACCUCGCCUGACACCAUUCCUGAAGGGUAUGUUGGAACUUCCCCUCAUGGACACUGUGACAGAGGUGGGCGAGAGUCAUUCCAGAGUGAGGCAGUCCAGGGCGGGCGCCGCCGUGUGGCGGCGUAGUUAUCAGGACCUCCUGAGCGCGUCAUUUGAAGCGAAGUGCCAGCUGAAGCUCGCUCAGGAAGAAGCCCUCGACAUCAACGCGGAGGAAGGCCACGGAGCUGUUCUGCUUGCUGAGGAGUAUGGGAUGGUGCUGCCGGAAGAGGAGUAG